AUGCGAUUCUCCACCACUCUGCUAACUCUUAUCUCUCUUGUCAACGCUCUGCCCGUUGCCAACGACGAGCGAGACGUGGUUCUCACCCAGGAACAGACCGUCACUACCACCUGGUGUCCCGAGACUGCCGAGGGCGAGACCGCCUCUCCGGUUGAGAAGGUCGUCACGGCCACCGUGGUCACCACCAUCCAGUCUACCGAUGUGGUCACUGCUCCCUGCUCCAAGUGCGAGGAGGAGGAGAAGGCCAAGGAGACCAGCACUCCCGCUGCCGUCCCUGCUCCUGCCCCCGCCCCUACUUCUGCUGCCCCCGAGAAGCCUGCUGGAGAGCCUAUUCCUUCUCCUGCUCCUGCUCCUGCCCCUGUCACAUCGGCCCCCGCUCCCGCUCCCGCCCCCGCCGAGCCCUCCACAGUCUGGAACGUGGUCACCCAGUACACCACCAUCUGUCCCGAGAACUACGUGCCUCCUCCUUGUGACGAGCAGGCCGCUGCCCUGUCUUCUGUGGUUUCUGCUGCUUCUGCCGCCGACGCUGCUGCUAAGAACGGCACCGCUGGAGCUCCCUCCGUCACCUCUCCUGACGCUGCUGUCGCCGCUUCCGUCCCCGCAUCUAUCUCCAUCCCCGACUCCCUCACAGCCGCCUUGGCCUCCGCAAUCAGCGCCGCCGCCUCCUACUCGGUCGAUACCGACGAUGUGACCUACCUUGACGUGACCGUGACCCCCACCUCCACCGUCAACAAGACCGUGACCCCCACCGUCACCGUUGGCGGUUCUUCCACACCCUCUUCCACUGCUGCCUCUUCCACCUCGGCUCCCUUCGAGACCGGACCUGGCAAGACCGAGGCUACCCCCGCCGUCUCCACCGAAGCUGCUUCUCAAAAGAUUGUCGGAAACGCCCCUCCCACCCCCGGACCCACCGUUUCCACCGCCUCCGACUUCUCUGCCUCCAUCGCGUCCGCCGCCUCUGCCGCCGUGGACUCGGCCCUCAAGGAGCUGGCUUUCUAA